AUAAAAAAAACUCCCUCAAUCUAGUGGGAUUAAAUGUAUGGAAAUCGCAGUUGAAUUAUUUUGCCACUCGACAAGGCCUACUACUACAGUAACGACCCCAAUUGCUCGUCUUUUCAUUUAAUCAAUUUAUAUUUAAAAAAACGUCUGCAAUGUAGCAAAUGCUAGCUCCAGGAAAAAAAUAAUUAUUGUUAAUGAAUGAUCGGAAUGACGCGCACAGCCGCAAGACAUUUCCUUCUUUUACACGGAAAACGGUUUGGCGCUAUUGUUAAAGGACAUGUUGCUAUGGCAAUGUGGAAAGUAAACACAGGAAAAGUUUUUUCAAAAUCGUUGGUUUGGAUUAACAAUUUGUAUUCGCGAUGGAAGUCAUGUGUGAUAGCAACAUUGGUAUAGAUUAUGAAGCCACUGGUAAAUCAAAUGAUUUGGCGGUAAAAAUAAUUCUUCUUGGAGAUAGCGCCGUAGGAAAAUCAAAAUUGAUUGAGCGGUUUUUAUUAGAUGAUUAUAAACCGCAUCAGUUGUCAACGUAUGCUUUAACCCUGUUCCGGUAUAAAACUCAAAUUCAGGAAAAAUCUGUAUCAGUCGAUUUUUGGGACACUGCUGGCCAAGAACGUUUCGAAUCUUUGCAUCCUUCCUACUAUCACCAAGCUAAUUGUGCAAUUCUAAUUUUUGAUACGGUUAGGAAGAUCACAUAUAAAAAUUUAAAGAAGUGGUACGAUGAACUGCGUCAAUAUAGACCUGAAAUUCCCUGUUUCUGUGCGGCCAACAAGAUUGAUGAAAAUUUUGAAGCCACACACAAGAGUUUCGCAUUCCCGACAAAACACCGAUUGCCAUUCUAUUACGUUUCUGCGUCUGAUGGCACAAAUGUUGUAAAGCUUUUCAAUGAUGCAAUUAAUGCAGCAGUCACAUAUCGUAUCAAUCCAACGGACUUAAGUGAUCAAAUUAUGGACGAGCUUGAAGCGUUAAAGUAAAGGUGAAAUCAGUUGAUAUGCCCA